GACCUUAAUGCCCUGACAGUUCGUAUUUCGCCGGUGCCCAAAAACUGCCCACUCAUUUUACUGCAGGACCUCUGUCCAACAUCACUAUCGGUGCGUUUACCUUCAAGACGGAAUUCGCGGUACGUAUGCAUUUGGUACGCCUUCAUCGAAUUCAAAACCGUAGCUGAAGCUAAAAGUGCAACAAAGGACGUGACGGGUAAAUUGCUAGACGGCAAAGUCAUCACAGCGACUAUGUGCAGUGAUCGACUUGGUGAGACGUUACCUAGUUGGAAGCUUCCAACUGAACGUGGGCUCGAGGACUUCAAUCUUACCUGCCUCUUUGUGUCACAUUUGCCGCGAUUUACGGAACGUACUGAUUUGGCUCAGGUUUUCCGCAACGCUGCCACCAUCAAGUUUGAUAAGCUUGCCGAUGGUUCUUGCAAAGGAUCUUGCCUUCUGAAUUACCGAUCGCGCGAAGAUGCGCAAAACGACUUUGAAAAGCUCCACGGAGCUCUAUUCCAUGGCAUCCCCGUCCAUGUGAACUUUGCCCUAAAGUCCAAGCAAAGCAAACCUACUAGUAGCGGACCAAUUUUGCUGAAUCGAGGAUCAGUGAAGCCCCAGAAACGCAAGCUAGAGACUGAUGGUGAGGUUCUCGCGGAAAAGGAAAAUCGAAAAAGGCCUCGAUCGGAAGACAGGGCAUGCGUUGAAUCGUCACGGUGUACAAAAAAGCAGACCGAAGAGAAAGAAUUCACAGUCUCUAAGUCCCCGGAAUCUGUUACCGCAAAUCAAGUCAAACUACAACCGUACCAGUUAUCACGAAGCUCGGAUAAGAAGAAGGUAAAAAAGAAGGCGAGAAAGUCGUCUAAAUAG